UGUAUUCUUGCAAUCCGCACUCUCCGAUACACUCAUUUGCUAUUCUGGAAAUAUUUUUCUAUGCCUGUGUUCGAUAUAAAGGAUUGAAGAGCGCUCUUGCAAGCAAUUAAGAUUAAUAUUUCUCAUUGUUUAGCUACCUCCGAAACCCAUGAACGCUCCUGGUCUGGCCACAACCAAGAAAAUGGCAACCACCAUAGUGCGACGAAAAUUUUCGAACUUACUCCAAAAUUGUGGGUUUCGAAACAGUUUACGAUCAUAUACGCGCAGUGAAAGCGUAAACUCUCAGCGUACAACCCGCACUUUGACAGCCUGCAUUACAGGCACAGCCCUUGCGACAUAUUUCGUACACAGAAAGCACGGAUUUGUGAUUCACGCAAGGAAAUCGGCGAAAGAUUUGGCAGAUGAAGCUGUGGAGGAAGACCAAAUCAUGCACCUCACUCAACGUGAAAGGCGAUUCAUCCGCUUUGCAUCGGUGGAAUACUUGGGUCAACUUUACAUGACGCCAGAAGACUUCUUGGAGUCGCUCACGGAAAAAGAACCGAGGCCUCGCAUUCACCGUCGUCGUCUGUCAAAGAAGGACAUGGACUACAUUGUAGACAAUACUCCACCACGAAAGCAAGGAUCCACAAAGUUGUUUAGGAGCUUGCGAGAUUGCGGAAUAAUAUCUUAUACAGAGUACUUAUUUUUGCUCUCUGUACUGACAAAACCACAGUCAGGAUUUCGCAUAGCCUUCAACAUGUUCGACACUGAUGGCAAUAAGAGGGUCGACAAAUCAGAGUUCCUCGUGGUUCAACAAAUCCUUGUAUCGGCGCUGUUUUUUAAAAAGUCGGGUAGGCUGGGACUUUUUGAGGAUGUUCCCGCUGACGUACUCGAAAAAAUAUUUAGCGCUGUGUCGAGGCGCGGAAAGAAGCUUAAAACCGCGCCAGAAUCAACUGAAUUGGAUGAAGAGGAAUUUGACAUCUCAAAAGCAAUCAACACAACAGUUUUGGUACAUCUCUUUGGCAAAAAGGGAAAUGAGACAUUGAACUACGACGACUUUUUCAGGUUUAUGGAUAACCUUCAAACAGAAGUUCUGGAAUUGGAAUUCACAGAGUUCUCCAGAGGCAUGCUCACCAUUUCGGAGGUGGACUUUGCGCGAAUCCUGUUGCGUUACACAUACAUUCAUAGCGCCAACUACGAAGCCUACAUUGAAAGAGUCAUGGAGAGGAUUCCCGAAGAAAAGGGAAUUACUUUCGAUCAAUUCAAGGCAUUCUGUCAGUUUUUGAACAACCUGGACGACUUUGCCAUAGCCAUGAGGAUGUUCACGUUCGCGAACAAACCCAUCUCCCAAGAGGAGUUUCACAGAGCUGUAACAAUCUGCACGGGUCACGUGCUGGACAAGCACUUGGUGAACACAGUCUUUCAAAUCUUCGAUUCCGACGGUGAUGGGUUCCUGUCGUAUAAGGAAUUCAUUGCGAUUAUGAGGGAUCGGCUGCACAGAGGACUACGGUUAUCUCUUUCGCGAGUUUCCCACGUGAUCUCCACCGAGGGCUGGGAAGCGUUCAAGGUGUGCAUCAAGGAAGAAAUGAGAUCUGCGUGAAGUACUCAACAAACACCAACGCGAGCGACGCGAACAACAAAUGGGACGAACUUAUUUAUUAUCGAUUUUAUCUAAUUUCGUCGUAAGUAUAGUUGCUGCGGGAGAACUCGCCGUGUGUACUUGAUAUAAGCUGCUGUUCUGUAAAAGUAGGGGUAAAAUAUUAGGCUUUACUUCGAAUUAUCGAGUACGCUGUCUAAGGUACAUGUAAAUGUGCAAUACGAGGUCACUACAAUUUGUAAAUAGGCGCGCGUUUAAUUAGUGGGUUUGACGUUUGUAGACAUCUAGGUCUAAUAGAAGUAAAGGCUCUGCUUGAGUACCUAGAUGAAAAAAUGGUACGGGAUCUAUACUAGUUUGAAGGACGGAAAAGUUGGUUUGUUAGUGGUAAUUCAUUCCAUUAUGCACCCCCUGGAAAUAUGGGAUGAGAGGUCCCAGUGUUCGGAAUGUUUAGCGUUAUAUGACAUUUCGACCCUGUAACCUAGUGCACAGGAACCGAAUACGAGAAGGGAGACAGUGAAGGUUGUGUUAUUGUGACUUUCAAAUUGCCUUCACUUCUUCCCAACUUUCUGCUCUUCGUCUUUGUUUAUUGAUUUUUAUUUUUUCGCUGAUAAGCCUACCCUUCUUCAGUCAGUUCAGAGAAAGGUUAUUUGUUUACAGUGUAUCAGUCGAAGCGGCAUAGAUGCCGAUUUUCGCCCGAUGUCGUCGUUGUUGUCGAUAAUGCAUAUUAGAAUUUGUUAACUUUCGCUGCAAGAACUGUGAUGUAAAGUGCAUUUAGUGAUAGCAAGAGUAGUUAGUUCGCUUUUAGGGGCUUUGCUACUGCGGGGACAGUCGCUCGAACAAAUUUUCGCAAUCAGAUGAUCAGUCUUCUUUGUAGGGCACUCUGAUUUUGUGACUCAUUUGUAUACUUAAUUUUUUAUAUCCAAUGAAAUAUUUGCCAGUAUUAACGAAUUUGCCAAAGUGAUUAUACUCAUCACGUUUGCUGCAUAAUAAUCAGUCACUCUCACCCGUCCUCUCUUCUAUUCGAACUUAUAUGGCCUUGAAUUCUAUAAACAAAAUCCACGGUGUAUACGUAUGCAUGCGCUACCUACCAAGGCGUUUCGCACGCACACACACAUGGGUGGGGGUAGGUGGGGGGGGGGGGGGGGAAACACAAGCGAGGUAUGCGAAAUUUCGCAUACUUCUGGCACAACAUCAAUUACCUGAUUACCAUCUCGGUAAAUAAUCCCGCCCCUGUUUCUGGGAAUGAAAACCGUACGAUAGAUGUAGUUUGGGACCUAAUAUUUCACGAAAAAAGAAAAAAAAAAACGAUCAGCACGGGCGGCUUUCGAAAGCUUCGCCAAGCUUCAAUCUCGCAUGCGAAUUGUGCUGAAUGGGAAAAGGUUGCACACAUACGUAUACACGCGGGAAGGUCGGAGUCAUAAUUUUCGUGCACACACAUAAAGGCUCGCAUUCUGGUGAAGUAAUUUUUCUUGCGGGACUUCUCGAAUGAAUGGUGCGUGUCGAAGGAGUUGAGGUUGUUCUGGAAGGUCGCCAAGGCUUUGCCGUAUCGGUUUCGGUUUCGUUGCUUUGCUGGGCAUUCUUACCUUUGGAUUUGAGGCGGUGAAGUUUGGUCAUUGAGCUCCUAAAUUGUGAAUUUCUUUUUUCUCGUUUUUUUUUUUCAGUGCGUUGUCUAAAUGAAAUCUUAUCUUUGCGCGUGUCUGCCAGGACGAUCGUUGUCCAUAAUUUCAGAAAGCAGCGUGUUUGUCCACAUCAGCGACGCUAUCACAUUAAUUAAAGUACCCAUGUGAACAACUGAACUCAGAAUUUUACCUGUGGAAUAUCUAGUCAUGGACUCGCGUACGAUCCAGUCUGUUUUCCUUCGCCAGAGAUGGAAAAUCACGGGAUAUUUUCCCGAAAUAUAUAUGAAAAAUCUCUUUGCCUGGUCCUGCCACUGUUUUUAUAUCUCGUUUAUAUUCUAAGUUUGUUUUCGUUUUUACUGCAUACAUGCAGUCGUGCCCUGUUUGGUAUCAGCCAUUGUUGUAACUGUACUUACUACUUAAGUAACCUAAAUAUAUUUUAUUGUCGUCCUCUUCGUCGUCGUAUGUAUGUACCGGUUGUCGUCGAGGGCUUCGUGCAUGUGCUGGUACCUGGACAGGUAGAGCUGAUUGAUUGGGUUGUCAAUCGAUGCUGGCACUUUUUAAUCACAUAUAAGAGUGAUUUGUCACUACACUCUUAAAACAUAGAUUACGAUAGUUACCAUAGUUUACAUAGCUUCACCGCACAGCACGCAGGCAGCCAACCAUCAUCCUGAAUGGCAUCGGUGCUCUCAUCCGAUUUGUUGAAAACGAGAGGCGUAUGCAUAUACGCUUUUUUGUGACACUCCUGCAGUUAUGGUAAUUGGCACAAAAAGCCGUACGGUCGGAGCUUCCCACAAAACAAGAAUGAUAACGGUAUAUCACUCUGUACAAUAUGGUUGGCCCCCAGCGUGCUAUGGGGUGAAGUGCUGUUUGAAGAGUAGUGUAUCAGAGAUUGCAGUGACGAUUUCACAUUAUUUCGUAUGGGUUUCGGUUUCGCUACUUUGGUGGGUAUUCUUAUUUCGUAGUUUAUCCGCUGUCCGCCAGGUGUGAGAAAUAUUGCUUUACUUAUGCUUAAAUGAUGCUUCGUGCGAAUUCUCACUUUUCUCGUUGGUACCAGUUGCUCUAGUGCCUAUCUCAUCAGUGUGCCAAUAAAGAGUUACAUCCACGUUA